GCCACCACCAGGCCCUGCCAGCUUCUCCAGCUGUUCCCUGGUACCCCUGCAACAUUGGCAGCCUCCAAAGGCUCUAGGAUGCCGGGGCCAGCCGGGCUUGGGCUGCCCACCUGAUCCUCACCGCCGCUGUCCCGCCGGCACACCAUGUUGCGCUCCUGGCGCGUGAAGCUGAAGCUGCUGCUUGCCACGGUGACCCUGGCCGUCCUCCUCUCCUGGCUCUACCUCUUUGUGGGCAGCCUCGAAUACGGCCGCUUCCUCCUGCUGCCGCCCUGCCUGGGUGAGCAGCCGAGCCGGGACGUGGAGCGGGAGGCGCUGGCCUCUCGGGUGCGCCGGGUGGAGGAGGAGAACCAGCAGCUCCGCCUGCAGCUCGGCCAGGCACAGGCGGAGGGCGGCGAUGGCAGCCCGCAGUGGGGGGCCUCCGCCGAGGACGGGGACCCCCCCGGGGGCGAGAGGAGCAACCGCACGGCCUGCCUGAAGCAGCGGACGGUGCACAAGUGUGAGCUCCUGCACGUUGCGAUUGUGUGCGCCGGGCACAACGCGAGCCGGGAUGUGGUCACCCUGGUGAAAUCCAUCCUCUUCCACAGGAAAAACCCCCUCCACUUUCACUUCAUCACAGACUCGGUGGCCCACCAGAUCCUCCAGACGCUCUUCCAGUCCUGGAUGGUGCCCUCCAUCCACGUCAGCUUCUACAACGCCGAUGACUUGAAGCCAGAGGUGUCGUGGAUCCCCAACAAGCACUACUCUGGCAUCUACGGGCUGAUGAAGCUGACGCUUACCAAGGCACUGCCCUCCAACCUCUCCAAGGUCAUCGUCUUGGACACCGACAUCACCUUCGCCACUGACAUCGCUGAGCUCUGGGCUGUCUUCGGGAAGUUUUCUGACAAGCAGGUGAUUGGGCUGGUGGAGAACCAAAGUGACUGGUAUUUGGGCAAUCUGUGGAAAAACCACAAACCGUGGCCGGCCCUGGGACGUGGCUUCAACACGGGGGUGAUCCUGCUCCUGCUCGACCGCCUGCGUCGCCUGGGCUGGGAGCAGAUGUGGCGGCUGACGGCAGAGCGGGAGCUCAUGAGCAUGCUCUCCACCUCACUGGCUGAUCAGGACAUCUUUAAUGCAGUGAUCAAGCAGGACCCGGCCCUGGUGUACCGGCUCCCCUGCUUCUGGAACGUGCAGCUCUCUGAUCACACCCGCUCAGAGCAGUGCUACACCGAGGUCUCGGAUCUCAAGGUGAUCCACUGGAACUCACCCAAGAAGCUGCGGGUGAAAAACAAGCACGUGGAGUUCUUCCGCAACCUCUACCUGACCUUCCUGGAGUACGAUGGGAACCUGCUGCGCAGGGAGCUCUUCGGCUGUGCCAGUCUCCCCAGCCCACCCAGCAACCAGCUGCAGCAAGCGCUGGAGGAGUUGGAUGAGGACGAUCCCUGCUACGAUUUCCGCCGGCAGCACCUCACGCAGCACCGCAUCCACCUGUUCUUCCUGCAGUACGAGUUCCUGGCCCUUCCCAACCCCACCGACGUCACCCUUGUGGCCCAGCUCUCCAUGGACAGGUUACAGAUGUUGGAGGCCAUCUGCAAACACUGGGCGGGCCCCAUCAGCCUGGCACUGUACAUGUCGGACGCGGAGGCUCAGCAGUUCCUGCGCUAUGCCCAGGCCUCGGAGGUGCUAAGCGCCCGCCGCAACGUCGCCUACCACAUCGUCUACAAGGAGGGGCAGUUCUACCCCAUCAACCUCUUGCGCAACGUGGCCUUGGCCAACACGCAGACGCCAUAUGUCUUUCUGACGGACAUUGACUUCCUGCCUAUGUAUGGCCUCUACGAUUACCUCAGGAACUCCAUCCAGCAGCUGGAGCUGCCCCAGAGGAAGGCAGCUCUCAUCGUGCCGGCGUUCGAGACCCUGCACUACCGCUUGACCUUCCCCAAAUCCAAAGCAGAGCUGCUCUCCAUGCUGGACAUGGGCUCCCUCUACACCUUCAGGUACCACGUGUGGCCAAAAGGCCAUGCCCCAACUGACUACGCCAAGUGGCGGACGGCCACCGUGCCGUACCGCGUGGCGUGGCAGCCAGACUUCGAGCCUUACGUUGUAGUGAGGCGAGACUGCCCCAAGUACGACCAGAGGUUCGUGGGCUUCGGCUGGAACAAGGUGUCCCACAUCAUGGAGCUGGAUGCGCAGGAGUACGAGCUGCUGGUCCUGCCCAACGCCUUCAUGAUCCACAUGCCCCAUGCCCCCAGCUUCGACAUCUCCAAGUUUCGCCUGAGCGCCGGGUACCGGGGCUGCCUCCAGACGCUGCGGGAGGAGUUCCACCAGGACCUGUCGCGGCGGUAUGGGGCUGCUGCGCUCAAAUACCUCACCGCUGAGAGGAGCCUGUGACGCCCGGGGACAGUGGGUGCGGGGUGCUAGCAGCACACUGGAGAGGGGAGGGCGCAGGGCCUCCCUCCUGCCCUGGCCCACCACCGCAGCCUGGUCCGAGGGAACCGAGCUGGCACAGCACGGCCUCUGCAGCCCAGCGACGGGAUGCCUGUAGAUAGGAUGGAAGAUGCCAGCUGAGAGAACAGGCAGCGCAUGCAGGUCAAGCUGCUGCAGCGUGGCCGAGGGGGUUUUUCGGAGCAGCAGUCUUCCUGUGUUACAGGGGAACCUCCCCAGGCCAGGGGCCAGGGGCCAGGGGGAUGGGUCUCCUCCCUCCCCUGUUUUAGCAGAUGUGGAUUCACAGCCUUCAUUAGCUCACCUCAGCCUGGGGCCUGGCUCCUCCAGAAGCCUGCGAGCUGUACCUUACCCUGCUCUGCCUGUGGUCCCAAAUCCCAGUCCUCCACAAACCCCUCUGGGGCUUUGGUGAGUGGGAGGUGAGGAUGUAGCGCAUCCUUUUGCAUCCUUUGUGGACCCAGGCUCAGCGAGAGCCUCCCAACACCCUGGGAGGGGGCCAGGGAGUACCAGGAGCUGUGGAGACCUGGUUCAAGCCCGAACUGAGGCUGGCUGGUUAACAGGGCGAAAUAUCGUUACUCCUCAUCCAUACGGAUGCGAAGUCUCCAGUGGGGUUGGCCCAGUACUGGUGGUGUGGGAGUCUCCCAGCACAGGAUGGGCUGUCUGCAGUCCUCAGCAGUCAGCUCCUAGAACGGUCCUGCACCUCCCGGCUGGAAGCAGCCGUGCCAGUGACAGGCCCCGUAGAGGGACUGGCAGUGCCCCGCAAGGCAGGGCUGCGAGCCACUCCAGGCAGCCAUCGCGAUGGGCAAAGCAGCAGCUUUGUGGGCCAGCACACGCUUGGAGUCAUUCCUGGCAGGUGGACCACCCCGCUCCUCCCCAACUCAUGGCAGCGCAGACGUUGCCAUUGACAAUCAGGGAUGCGGUUGACACUGGACAAGACCGUAGCUGAGCACUGUGGUGGCAUCCCCGCACCAGGAGCAGCUUGGCCGGGCGCUGUUCCACCGCUAUCACACACUGGAGCACAGAGGAUAGGUUGCUUUCCUCAUGCUAUUUAAAUUAUUUAAUACUUUUGUCAUAAGAAUUAAAUGAUUAGGGUGUCCUGUUUUGUUUUUUUUUUUUCUCUUUUUAAUCCUUUCUUCCUCCUGGAUGAUUUUGCUGGUGGCCCUGGAGGCUCUCCAGGCCAGUUGCUGCUGCAGUCUCCGCUGUUCUCUCCUUAGCAUUACUCCGGGCUGCAAGAGCCAGCUCUGUGCAGGAGUAGGAUUUCCGUCCAUGGUGGGAGCGGCUAGGAGGAGCCAUACAAAGCGUGGGGUAUGGAAAGGACACAAGCGCCUCUUGCUUAUUCUCUCUUUUUAAUUUAAUUUUUAAAUUAAAGCUUUUUUAUUCUUUUUCA